AUGGUUCGUCCAUCCAUGUACACGCCAGCUUUGCGCUGCGCCACCAAGGUGGUUGCAGCUCCGCCUCGUUCUCCCCCGCCUGGAUUCUGGUUCCCCGGUAUGCAGCGCCUCCGUGACUCUCGACCCUCUGGUAAGGAUUCGUCUAUGGCGAUAGGCCAAGGUCUGUGUCUCUCCUCCCCCUCCCCCCUCCCCCUCUCUGGUGCUGCACCCUCUGGUAAGGAUUUGUCUGUACAGAGCCUCUCGGCGGCCGCGUACUUCAAGGCAAUAGGCCAAGCAUCAAGUGUUCGCACCGUCUCUCGUUGGAUUGACCGCAAACACCAUGUCUUCAAACGUAUCCCGCGCAAGAAACAGGUUCAAGCGACUGAACAUCCACCGUUGGUUGACGAGCAGAGGCAGUCAGAGUGUGAGGACCACUCAGAGCCGAGUCAUAAGAAUCUCGGAGAGGUCGCCAGUCAACCCACUCCUACCAUUGGGGGAGUUAUUGGUGUGUUGGCUCUGAGCUUCGGAGUUUCAUACCUGCUGUCGAAGCUCUUUUGA